AUGGGCCGAAGCGCGAUCACUCCGCGAUCGUCUCCCGCAGUCAAGGCGGCGUUCGCCGUCGCAGCGGCGCUGCUGAUUGCGUGCUCGGCGCCGCGUCCGGCGGCGGCGCAGCCGGACGGCGAGUGCUGGCCGGGGAACGUGCCGUGCCCGGGCGGGACGGGGUGCGUGCGAGCGGAUAAGCUGUGCGACGGCGUGUUCGACUGCGACGACGGCAGCGACGACGGCUACGACUUCUGCCUCUCCUACGACUGCAGCAGCGUCGGCAAGACGUGGUGUCGCGAGGGCUACCAGUGCCGGCCGGUGAGCGGGUACUGCGACCUGAAGAACGACUGUACGGACGGCAGCGACGAGGAGUUUGAGCAGUGCUACCCCAUCUACAAGGACCUGCGCAAGGACCUCUGCAAGUCCCAGGGGAAGGUGCGAUGUCCCAACGACCCCGGCUACUGCAUCUCCCCCCAAGACGUUUGUGACAGCAUCCCGCAGUGCUCCGACGGGUCAGACGAGUGGGACUGCUUCGCCCACACGUGCCAGCCCGGCCAGAUCCACUGCCCCAUCACCGGCUACUGCGCAACCGGCCGCCUGUGCGACGGCAAUGCCGAUUGCUGGGGAGAGAUGGGUGUGGAGGACGAGAAUGAGGAUUUCUGCAAGGGGUAUGUGUGUCCGGCUGGGUGGAAGAAGUGUGCGGACGGGUUGCAGUGUGUGGAGGCUAGUCGGUGGUGCGAUGGGGCUGUGAAUUGCCUGGAUGGGAGCGAUGAAGGGGCGGUUUGUGUUGUGUCUCCUCCUCCGCCUCCGCCUGCUACUGGCGGAUCUGCGACCAGCUCAGGUGGUUCUUCAGGUGGUUCCGGUGCUUCCAACAGCAGCAGCAGCGCGCCGGUGGUUCUGAGCAAGGAGGAGAUUGCGAAGCUGAAGAAGCUGGCUCGGGAGAAAAAGACGGCAGCCGUGGCUGCCAAGAAGCAGAAGAUGGAGGCCAAGCGGGCGGCAGUAGAGGAGAAGACGAAGCAGCGGGCAGCAAGGAACGCGGCGAUCGAAGCUAAGAUUCAAGCGAAAAAGGAUAAGGAGGCUGCUGUUGCUGAGAAGAAGGCGGCUGUUGAAGCCAAGAAGAAGCAGCAGGCUGACAAGGAAGCUGCGAUCGCUGAGAAGAAGCGGAAGCAGGCUGAGAAGGCUGCUGCAAUCGAGGCUGAGAAGAAACGGGAAGCUGAUAAGAAGGCAGCUAUUGAGGCUAAGAAGAAGAAACAGGCUGAGAAGGCGGCAGCGAUUGCUGAGAAGAAGAGGAAGCAGGAAGAGAAGGCUGCUGCGAUUGAGGCUGAGAAGAAAAGGGAAGCUGAGAAGAAGGCGGCUAUUGAGGCUAAGAAGAAGAAGCAGGCUGAGAAGGCGGCAGCGAUUGCAGCCAAGAACAAGGCAACCACCAAGUAA